AGUUUCACGGACCGUGGGAUAAACGGCUGCUACUCCGUGUGUUCCUGUCGACGACUUUCUGUCAGCGAAGCUGUAGUCUGGACGGUUUGUGCUCAGUGUGCCGCUCUGCUGUUCGCUGCGCUCCAACUGAAACUUUAAAUCUUCGAAAGAGAAGUUUAAUCCGCGAGAGAGCGACGCCAUGGACCCCGCCAGCCAAGAUAUCAACCUGAACUCUCCUAACAAAGGUCUCGGCGUGGAUCGCACAGACAGCCUGUCUGACGUGCCCGUGGAGGGCGCCAUGGGGAACCCGGCCAACCCUCCUCCACCUGGCCUGACAGAGGAGGAGGUGGAGGAGCUCCGCACCGAGCUCACUAAGGUGGAGGAGGAGAUCAACACCCUGCGGCAGGUUUUGUGCGCAAAAGAGAGACACGCCGCAGAGCUGAAGAGGAAACUCGGCCUCAACCCGCUCAACGAACUCAGGCAGAACCUCACGAGGAGCUGGCAGGACGUGCAGACCUCCAACGCAUAUCUGUCUGCCUCGGCCACUUUGGAUGACAUUACCCACUCUGAAGCGUACAAGAAGACUCAGGAGACGCUUUCCCAGGCUGGACAGAAGACGACUGCGGCUCUGAGUACAGUGAGCACGGCCAUCAGCAAGAAGAUCGGCGACAUGAGAGCUCUGCCGUUCUCUAACUCCUUUAGCAACUAUUCCAUUCGCCACUCGAUAAGUAUGCCCGCCAUGAGAAACUCUCCAACCUUCAAGUCCUUUGAGGAUAAGAUGGGGAACCUGAAGUAUAAGGUCGUCGGUCAGAGAGGAAACGGAGACGCCGUCAGCUCACCCACUGACACCACCCCCACUCAGGAGAACCCGUCUUUCUGAACACUCGCUCCCUCCUCCACCACCUCCUCGCCACCACCUUCUUCACGACCUUAGACUGUACUGUUACCACAUCGUCGCAGAGCCACACCUCCACCUCCACCUCAGCAGCUCGCUCUGUAGCUGGUGUCAGGCACACAGUGCACAGCCCCGCCCCUGAGCCCCGCCUCUCUGUUUCAAACCCGUCAAUGUUUCAGAAACCACCCGGCAAACGCAAGGCGCUAAAAGAUGUCACCUUCUGAAACUUGACGGCUUUUAUUUUGGAGGGAAACCCCACCCCCACCCCCACAGUGUUCAUACUCAUCCAAAAACCAAACAAACAAACCUCCUGCGGGUGUAGCUUUGGAGGCGGGACUUCUGCAGGUGGAGGAGGAUAAUAUGGGCCUCUGUGGGUGAGCGUGCUCUCUUCUUUCUCAGCAUUCACACUGUGAGCUCAGGCUGCACAGCGCCCCCCGCCGCUCUCUCUGUGUAAACGCCGGCAGGUGUACAGGUUAACGCCUGAAUGAGGAUGGGCGAGGUCAGGACCCGGGAACCCCCGGUCUCCUUGACCUUCUCCACGUACGCGCACAUCCCACCUGAAACCCCCGCCGUGUAAAAAAGCCCUUCAGCCAUUUUUGUAUCCUCUGAACUCUUUUACAGCUUUGCAGACGUUUUUACGUAACUUUUAUCGGCGCGUACCAACACAGGUAACCAAACCGUCUCCGUUUCACAGGCGUGUCGCUGAAAACAAAGCUUCCUGUUUGUGAAACUGGCAUCGACGUCGGAGCGCGGCCGACUCUCGCUGACGCUUCACUGCAAACGCUACCUGCUGAAUGUCACCGCUUCUCUGUCGGCCUUACUCGCGUUAAAAGCUUCGCCCGCUCUCUGAUCCAGCCGCGGGACACGCCCACCCCUCGCCUUUGGUUUUCCUUCUUCUUCUUUGGGUUUGGUGAAGGACGGGACAUCCGGGUGUUUGUGGUGUACUCCCACGGGCUUCCUGUACAGAAACGACCACGCCUGCAGAUGAACUGCGCUCACGCCAAACAACAGAACAACUGACUUUUUCUGAUUUUUUUUCGUUAUUUGUAAAACGCCAUGACUUUAAAGCACCGUGCCAAUCUUUGUUUGUGCGCUUUGCCAACAUCACUCCUGCCCGCUACAGGAAGUGCUGACGAGCUCAUUAAUAAGACAUCCUGCUUCUGUGGCAUCCGACUGCUCUGUGACAGGAAGUGGUCAUAAUUUGCAUUUUAAAUCCUCACUAAGGAUUUAAAAUGCCGUCACGUGUGAGUACACCUGAGAGGGAGACCUGUAAUCGGUCUUGUGGCUAACGGCCGCAGGUCUCCGCUGUGGGUGUUUCUGAACGAGCUGCCCGCGGCUGUCCUGCCUUCUGUGUGCGUCCUUAUUCUUUGUGUCGAUCAUUUUGGUAGACGAUGAAGAUGAUUUGUUUGCUGCUUCCUGAUUUUCUUUCCUUUGCUUUUCUGAGGUGGUUUCUUGUUUGUAAAAUGCCGUCAGUUGCCAAUCCUGAAAUAUCUGUUACAGACUCUUUCUUUGUGUCUCUGGAUCUCCUUGAGUGUCUCUGCGCUUUGCCGAGAUUAAACAAACUCCUGCACACUACAAGAAAUACUCCUGAAGUCAUUUAUUUAAUAAAAGAAAUCACAUUUUUCUUAUGCACAGGGGAAAGGAUCGUCAGUGUGAGAAAAAUGUGAUUUUGAAACUAAAUGAAUUUUCCUCCUUGACAGCUGCACAUAAGCAAGUUUUUUUUUUUUUUUUUUUUUUUUUUUUUUUUUUUUUUUUUUGUGGAGAGUGGAUGAUGGAUGGAGUGAGUGACUUCUUAGUUUUGGGACGUGCAGCACACCACGAGCAUGCUCACUGAGGACUUUCAGCUUUAUUCAGGUCCUGGGCCUCUCAUGUAGAUCGUUAAAGGGAUCAGAUUUGGAAGCUUAUGGUGAAUUAAUUAAAAACAUUUUGGUUUAUUGUAAAUGUUUGGAUAUCAAUAAAGCAUUCCUUUAAAUGAAA